UGUUGUUAAUAUUAUCGCCGACGACGACUAACUAUACUCGUUCCUUUAUUUUUAAUGCUUUAAUUUAAAAAAAGUUAAUUUUUUUUAUUGUGUCUAGUAUAGUAAAUAAACUUUUAUAAACGAUUUAAACUCGACGAAAUCAAUAAGAAUAAUUUUUAAAAUACGAAUAAAAAUGGGUGACGGAAUGGAUCGUAAUAUGCCAGAGUACGAGCAAAUGCGGUCGCUAAAAAUCUUUUCCGACGAAGAAAUUCUAAAAAUAAAAAAGACGCGAGAAAAUUUUGAAUACAAGAUCACACAACCAUCCAGAGUAAUCAAAGAUUAUGUCGAAUAUAUAAAAUAUGAACGAGGUUUGAUUGCAACGACCAAAGAACGAAUAAAACAACAAAAAAUCAACACCAGUCAUUCGAUUAUAAUGCAAAUUGCCGAUCGCAUGAAGAAAUUGUAUGCUCAAGCUCUGUCAAAAUUCACGAACAACAUCCGCUUUUGGGAUGAAUACGUUAAAUUUUUGCAGACAUUUAAAUAUAUCAAGGAUAUUUCGCCAACGUUUGAACGAAUGUUACAGUUCCACUCAGACAAAGUCGAUGUGUGGAUUCGCGCAAUUUUGUGGGAAUUUAAAGAGAAUUUCAACGAUGAACGCGUCAAAAGACUGCUGCUACGUGCGCAACAACGCCACCCAACGUCUGAAAAACUCUAUCUUACAUUCUUCCAAAUCGAAUUGGAGAAUAAGUGUCAAUCGGAUGAGUUGGAGGCAUUGCAACAUGCGGAUGUUGUUUACAGCAGCAGCAAAAAGAAAUUCACCAACAUUGAUUUUUACAUUGAGAUGCUGAACAUUGUCGAUAAAUUCAAGUACGCCAGCUCAAUUCAACAGACCAUAUUGGAGGAUAUGCGAGUAAUGUUUCCGCGUGAAGAAAUUUUAUGGCAUAAAUUGGCACAGCGUGAAUUGAAUGGCCUGUCAACGGUUGAUUCUACGAUGGACUUUAGUGGUGUGAUAAAGACGGAAGGCGGUGAAUGCAACGGCGAAGACAGUAAAGAGGGUUUAAAAAAGCUUAAAAUCGAAAAUCUAUCGGCUCCACCACAGCACACACUCAGAAAACGCAUUGAAUUAUCGACUUGUAUUUAUGAAGAAGCUGUUAAGCAGAUUGAUACGAAAAAAAUGUGGAACUAUUACAUCGAGGCCAUGAUGGAAUUAAAUAGCGAUUUAUCCACACAGCCGGUAUUGAAGAGGUACGCUCUGCGAAGGGCAUUCGAAGGAGCAAAUGAAUCAAAUCAUAUGUCCGAAGAUCAUUAUUUACAGUAUAUUCAUCAAUUAAUCACAAACAAUCCACAAGAUGAGGCCAUUGAAAAGGUCUUCCAAAAGGCGACGAAAAUGUACGAGAAUUCAUUAGCCAUAUGGCUUCUGUGUUUGCGCUAUUACAUACAGAAUGAAAAUGGUUUUUCAAAGGUCCAAGAGAAUUUCAGAAAAGCUAAAAUCGUGCUCGGCCCAAGGGGCGCAGAAGUAUGGGAAUUGUAUUUGAUAUACUUGAAAACAAACUGUACCAAAGCCGAAAUACAACGCGAAUUCAAGGCUUUCAUUUUGGAAUUGUCACUUCUAAAGUAUGCCACAUUCAAUCAAUUGAAAGCGCAAGUCUUGGAACUUGUAGCAACUACAGCCAAAAUGAAACGAGCCCGUGAGGUUUAUGAAAAAUUCAUUAAAGAUCAUCCCGAUGGCUACGAAUAUCAUGACAUGAUGGCCACGUUGGAAGCAAAACAGAUGAAACGCGAUGUGGAGAAGGAACGAGAAUGCAUGGAUAAGUUGAUAGAACAUUUUGGUAAAAGCCGGGCUGAUGUAUGGUUGCGUUAUAUGCGCUUUGAACGUAAUGCUGGUGAACCGAAAAAUGUGAGCAAAUUGCAUAAAACUGCAUUGGCCACACUCAAUCCAGAACUCUUAGAUGAUUUCAGUGCUCAGUACAACUUUUUCUCAAACGGAGUCGUCUAACAUAUCUUAUAUUUAAUUAGAGACUAUCAAAAACUGACAUAAUAAAUGACUUUCUAUUAUUGUUUUAUACCAAUUGACAGUGAA